AUGGCCGAUAUCGAAAUAGCCUACAGAUCCAUCGUGAGGUGCAUCAACGAACGAAGAUGGGAGGAGCUGCCAAGAUACAUGCACUCACACUUCGUCAAGGACGGCCAAGACUUCACGGUCGAGGAUUAUAUCGCCGAAAAGUGGAAGACUGGCGAUGUCGACCUUAUCAUCAAUGUUGUGGCAGUUGACAGGUCUCAACAAUCGUCUCGAGAUGCAGCGUCGACUUUUCCAACUCCGAUGCAAGGUACACGCCAGACCUUAUCACCGAAGAGAAUCCGCCAAGAGGCCCUCUCGACGGGGGACUUAUCCGCGCUGGAACUAGAGAGCACGUAUAGAGCGUACAUGGAUUGUAUCAUAGCACGAAGGAUAGGGACGAACCUGCACAAAUUCAUUCACCCGCAGGUGGUCUUCAACACUAAAACUCUGACGGAAGAAGACUACCGGCACCUGAUACAGGCAUUCUUCACAGCAAUCCCUGAUCUCGCCCUCAGCAUCUCCACUAUGGCUGUGGACGAGCGAAAGCAGCGAGUGGCGGUACGAAUCGCGAUAGCCGGCAAGCCCACCGACACGUUGGCUGGCGUGAAGCCCAACGGUACAUAA